AUGAACCGCAUGCCCUUCUUCGCCCAUGCCUCAGGUUUUACCAUCAAAGACAGUCAUAUGUCCGAAGUUGGUGGGGACUAUUUCAACAUCCACUUCACGAUGCCUGCAGAAUCUACAGAGCGCAUUGCAACACAACUACUGGGGAAAAGGAAAGAGUGUGAUCUUGACAAAGGUGAUGCGGAAGCCGAUGGACCCAGGAAGAGAUUGAGAGAAGUUCGCGAUGAAACUUCGGAUGGCCUGAUGGUUGUGCAUUCAAAGGACAUAGAUUUGCAGAGACAACUAACAAGUGGCUCCAAUUAUCGCACACACUCAGCAUUCUACGAAGGGCGCGUUGUGGCGGUCAAGGUUUUCGAGGGUCCUCGCGCCAAGCAGAGUUGGAAUCUCAAUCUUACAUUCGCUAAAAACUUUCUGUGA